AUGCUGCACAGUCAAGAUUCAUUCUACGAGUUGGAGCAAGUAUUGAGAAGUUUACAAGAAAACUUUGAGCCCGGGAGCAAAGUAAUUUCCACAGAUCCUGUACCUCAUAAUGGAAGCGACGAGGACGUAGACGAAAAGGGGCCUAAAAAGUUACAAGAAAUCCCGGUAUUCAAAGUUGAGUUUUGCGAUGAGCUAUCGGUUGAGGAUAUAUUGAUGGAAAUAUUGCUGCAUCAACAACUUCAUACAUCUAAGGAAUACACAAUAAACGGUUUGAGUUUUAAGGUUGAUGUGCUCGACGACACGGAACUUUGA